UGCAAAAACAGCAAAGCAAAAUAGUAAUUAAACAACAUAGCAUUAACACGAGAACAUGGCAAGUGUAGAGGGGCCCAGCCCGGUUGUUGAAAGAGAGAGCUCCAUGUCUGCUGGAGAGUUUGUUCUCAAGAAGCUAUUUGCUGAAUUCGUAGCACUCAGUGAGAGGAAACUUCAGAAUAUUUCUACUCAGCCAUUUGAUUUCCCGCUUGGGAAGGCGCUACAGAAAGGUGAAGACCCUCACUUUGACCAGCUGCUGAAUGCGCUCAAUGAAGUUGCCCAUUUCUGCCUGAGGUCAAUCUUGACGUCCAUCUUUAAAUGGAGAGACAUGCAGAUCCAACAAUGCCGUAGCAACACAUCGGUGUCCUCAGGAGACACUCUGGACUCCGCCUACCCUCCUAACAGCCGAGAUAAGGGCUACCUUGUUGAAAGACAGGAACUGGCCAUUGAUUUCAUUUUCUGCAUGGUCCUGAUAGAAGUACUGAGCAAGCUGACAGUCCACCCUGUGCCAGAGUCAUUCAUCCACACUAUCGAGGACUAUGCCUUCAAACACUUCAAGCUGCAAGAGGCCCUGAAGGAAAGCCGUACCAACUUCACCAACCCCAAUAUCCACAACAUGAAGAAAAUUGCAGACCUCUACGCUGAGGUGAUCGGAGUUCUCUCCCAGUCCCGAUUCCAUUCCGUGAGAAAGAAGUUUUUUGUGGAAAUCAAAGACCCCCAGAACAGCCCAACUGCAAUCAUCAGCAUUAUCGAGGGAAUGAGUUUCAUAAGAGUUAAGAUGUUCCCUGUGGACCAUCUAGAACAAUGGUUCAGCUUCCUACAGGAGUGUGCUGUUUACUUCCUGGAGAGCAGAGAUAAGAUCAAGCAUGCCAUGAGUGCUCUCCUGGUGGAGAUACUCCUCCCAGUAGCAGCUGUCAUCAAAUUUGAGACCUCUCUUCCUGUCAUCAAGAAGUUUGUAAGCAUGCUCUUCAACCACUGCUUCGAGCAAGCCAAGAAAGUGCGACAUAGCGCUGCAUACAUUCCCCUGGUAACGGUCCUCCUGGCCAUCAGCGAGCAGCAUUUCUUCCUCAACCACUGGUACACUUUUCUCUCUCAAGUGGUAGUCCCCAACAUCCGGAAAGCAGAUAAUAAAUUGCAGAGGACAGCUUUAGAGUCAUUGAAUCGGCUUGUUUGGGUGUACAUGGUUCGCUUCAAGGGGGAGAACAACGUCACCCAACAGAAGCGGCUAACUUACAUCGCAGACGUUCUGUUUCCCCGAGGCCAGAGGGGAGUGCAACCUAAAGACACACCUCUCAACAUCUUUGUCAAGCUCAUUCAAUUCAUUGCCAAGGAGAGACUGGAUUACGCCAUGGGUGAGAUUCUAGACCUGCUCAACAUGGGUCGGACAAGAUCCACCAUCAACCCAGAACGAAUGGUGAUUGGUCUGCGAGCAUUCCUUGUGAUCACUGAUGGUCUAGAAAAGAAGGAGGGUGAGCCCCCCCUCCCCCUCAAUGCUGGCCCACCCCCCUCUGGGGGUCCCACUCGUGUCAAGACCAAGUACCUAUCUACCACCAUCACCGACCACACAGCCAAGAAGAUUGGCAUUGCAAAGACAUACCCUCAAGUUCGGCGAGCUCUUGAUUGCAUCUUGCGAGCGUUGGAUCACAGUGUAGGCAAGUCAUUCCUGGCUACCAACCUGGCUGUCACUGGUCGCUCAGAGGAGGAGGUCCUCGGCCCUGUGAAGCCCAAGCUAGACCUGCUCAAGACGUGUGUGGCUGCCAUCCCCAGGAUCAUGCCUGAGGGGAUGUCCAGGGAUGACCUCAUCGACCUACUCUCAAGAUUCACAAUCCACAUUGACCAUGAACUUGUUCGAACCACCUUCUCCUCGCUACAGAGUAUCAUCACCAACUUCCCCGCCUGGCGUCACGAUAUAACUCGUAUAUUCUCACGAUUCAUCCUACGUGAUAUCCCCGAUAGCUGUCCUCUUGUUCUUGACUCCGCCCUCAAGAUGCUCAUUCAGAUGAUCACCCACUGGAAGACACUCAUCACCACUGAGUCUCCGACUGACAACACUACCACCCCUCCCGCCACCACCACCAGUGCUGGGGAGGGCGGGGCUAGUGGGGGUGGGGAGUACUACUGUGUGCCGUGGGUGGAGGGGUGUGCCCUCGUGACCCUGUGCAGCUAUCGCUCUGUCACUAGGCGACUCAGUCUGGCACUGCUCAAGGAAACCAGAGUACUACACGAGACUCUCAAAGUUCAGACUGAACGUGCCACAGUCAUGGAUGUGAUUGAAAAAGCCACUCCCACUAUCAUAAAGCGUUACCUGGCGACCAUUACACAGAAGGAGAGGACGGAGCUCCGGCAAUCCCACCAAAGCCUCAACUUGUCGUGGAUGGCCGAUCGCUCGUCUUGUUUCCUAGAGCAGGGUGGUAGUAGAGACAGUCUUAGGGACGCAUGGGUACAAUGUCUCGCUGGACUCCUAGAGCCACACCUACUUCCUGAGGUGUGCCCCGCUUCUGUGCAUAUUGCCUGGCCCUACAUGUUCCAGAGGAUGGGCAAAGCUUACGCUGUACUGGACCCAGGUGGAGUUGCUCCUGAGAAAGGGGAGCGCCCUCCCUCCAUAAAGGGGCGUCGUCCAGUUAUCAGCUCCACUGAGAUGUUUCUCUGGCGGAACUACCUCAUGUUUGUGUCGUGUACUGCCCCGCCCUCCACCAGCCUCCAGGCAUCCCUCAUGUCAACCUCAGGGGAUAAUACUGUGUUGGAGGGGAUGGGCAGUCGUGUCUCUCACUCACUCAACGCUCGCAACCUGUUCCACAAAGUUGUUCCCCUAGUGCGAUCAGAGGGAGAGAUCAGAGAAGUGGCCAUUACUGCUCUAGGACUCAUCCAUCCCAAUGCCUUCGGUGAUUUGGUUGAGGAGUUGAACCCACACAUUCACGAGGCUUUAGGAGAAUCGAAAAAUGUCAAGAAGAAGAAGCAGAGAGAUCAACUGCGUGUCCAGAUCACUCGUGUGUUUGCCCUCACUGCAGAGCAUGGGUGCUUCCGUCAGAGUCCCAUGACCCGCACAGACAAGGGGGAGGUGUCACCUAUCUUCCUCGAGUUCAUAGAUGGAAUAAGGAACUCCCUUGAGGGUGAGAGUGGAGUUGCUGGCAAUGAGCUUCGUCUCUAUUUUGCGGCCCUGAUAGCCAGCAUGAUCACCUCCCUGCCACAGGGAGAGGCACAGCUCAAGCUCUUCAGUGCUGACAUGAGGAGCAGUCUCUUCCAUCUCUUUGCCAACUGGUGCGGCAUGUUUGGACAAGUCCUGGCAGCAGAGUCUGAGCGUGAGAUGAGACGCAAUCCUCGUGCGAGUGUCCUCUCCGUCAACUCCCUGCUAGCCAUGUCUGCUCUCCUCUGUUGUGGCCCGGUGUUUAGCCCAAGGGAGCUCGAGAGAGAGUCUCACAUCUACCGAUGGCUGAAGAACAUGCUCAGUAGUGGAGAACCAAAGGUGCAGAGUAUUGGACGUAAGACAGUGCAGAUGCUGUUACUCAACAACUCCUCUCAUUCCACCCUCUUGUACUGGGUGGUGGACCGUUGCUAUGACUCCCACCCGACUUGUGCCCAACUGUGCUUUCAUGCACUCUCCAACACUAUUACCGAAAUGCCCACCUACCCGUGUGAGAUGGUGACUGUCCUUCAUGUGGUGCUCUUCAAGACAGCUGACCUUGACUACUCCACCAGAGAGAGGGCCACACAUCUCCUACAGAUACUAGACAGAAGGUUCUUUGUGUCUGCUGAUGAGGACAAUGAUAGUGGGCGUCGUACUGAUCUGCUCAGCUCUCUAACGGCAGGGGCGUACUCACAGUGUCACAUGAUCCUCAGUAGAGAGCUGGCACAGGCAAACCCUGAGCUCACUCUACCCAUGUUCUGUGAGAUGGUGUAUCGCUAUGAGAUGGCCUCUCAGUGUGGCAAGAGGAGCAUUCUGGAGUACAUGGUGCCAUGGUUACAGAACGUGGAGCUCGUUGAAGACGCCCACCUCCCUCAUCAUAGCACCCACCAAUCAGAUUACGUCAAUGUUAACGAGGGGGAGCACCCCGUCCUCAAGGGAAAUGGGUGGGGUUCCAUCGAGGGUACAAAGGUCGUCCUUCACAAUCUCCUCUAUGUUACCGCAAGGUAUGGUGAUAACCACAUCAAGGAGGUGGAGGCGUUGUGGUCAGCACUCUGCAUGUGGCCUCAGAACAUUCGAGUGACUCUGAACUACCUCGGUCGACUGACGUGUGUGUCGGGGAACCUCCCUCUCAUGCUGGCUCAGGCUAAGAGGAUCAUGGUGUGUCUCAGUCAGCACCAGGUCCGGCCCAUCGUCACAGAGCUCAUUAAAGAUCUGCAGUCUGUGGAGCUCAUCUCCUCUGACAUUCAAGGCACAGACUCCCCACCCUACUAUCAUGUGACCAUGUCUCACGGGACUAUGCGCCAGUCCCACACCGCAUCACCCGAAGGUUUCGAGGGGGUGGGAUGGGCUGUGGCCUGGAGGAUCUCCUUUCGUACCCCCGGCUCUCCCCCUCUGCCCCUCCCUCUGCCCUCCAAUAGGCAGCAUUUCGUGAACAUGAGGGAGAUUCUCAAAGCUCCAACUCAGAAGCCAAUAGGCUUACACAGGUGCAACUUUGCCCUGAUUCUUCUCUCCGAGUUGGUUGUUGAGUUGAAGGGUGUGGAUUGGUCCGCCCACUUGCCCCUCCUACUCCACGUGAUCAUCCUCGGACUGGACCUCUAUCGUCCCCUCGUCUUUGAGCACAGUAAGAAGCUGCUUGGGAAUCUUCUUGUGGUGCUGGCAUGUCAGAACAACAAGGUGGCUGCUCUCCAGGCUAGGUUUGUCCAACAAGAAGUGACACUUCGCUCAUUCUCAGCCAUCAGUCUAGGCAGUGAGCUGGACCAGGCUGGAGGCAGUCGCACCAACCUGGAGCUAGGAUCCCUUGACUCACUCAAGUUCUCCAACCCUCAGUUGCAGUCAGCACUCUCUCUUGAAGCUAGAGAGCUCAUCCAUUUUGUGGCCUCCAGGGACACUCAUCGACCACCCUGGCCCUUUGCAGAUCUGACGUGUAAUCGUCUCAACCCCAGUGGACAGGUGGCUGAGUUGUUUGGUCUGGUCACAAAGAUCCUGCAAGUGUUUGAGAAUGUGGCCGCCCUCUCACUCAAGGAGAAGUGGACCAUGAUUGCCUUACAGUGGGCUACAAGCUGCUCCUCCCAUCAGUACGCUAGCCAGUCAUUCCAGGUGUGCCGAGCCUUGCAGCUGCCUCUCUCCUCCUCUAUGUUUAGAGAAGUUCUCACCAGACUUGCUGAGUCAGCAUCCGAGGACAAGGAAGACAUGCAGAGCUACGUACUUGAAAUUGUGCUCACCAUCGAGUCAGCUGUGGAUCACAUUGACGGGAACCAGUUGUUGCCUAGCAAUGUUAUUUCUCCAAGGAAGGUUUCAGAGCUUUCUCCAUUGCCAAGCGACCAACCAGAUACUCCGCACAGUUUCCCCCCGACUCCUCCUGUUAAUACUGGUGCAGGGGCUUUCUCAGGGGGUGGUCCACCAGUGGGUGUGACCAAGAGACACCAUUCCCGUGGGCGAAGUGUGACCAACAAGGCAGAGAUGAUGUCACGACCUAGUUCAGCCAAAGCUAAGAUGGAAGUGGGCACUCCAUACGAGGGAGGUGGGAUAUUCCCCAGACCAAUGUCCCCACCCUCUACCCCUUCCAUCAGAGAGACACAACCCUUCCCUAUGGCCUUCUCGACAAUGCAUCCGAAGGAGCGUGAUGAAAUGGGUGUGGUUCUACCAGUCCGCCCCCACUCAACAAUCAUUCAGACGUCUCGUACCGCUCCAAUAGCCAUUCCAGAGAAUACAAGUAGCACCAUUCCAAUCAUUGCUCAUCACACUCCUUCCAACAGCCCUCAAAAGAGCUCACCUCUAGAAAGUGUCCUUCAAGACAGCCAUUUGACAUCUCUGGAGGGUGGUGCUGCACCUGCCAACUCUGCCAGUGCCUCGGACACUAAAGUAGCCAAAGAGACAGUCAAGGAAACCCUCGUCUCUCCGAUAGUCGGAACAACAGAGGACAGAGACGGACGAUCCCGUAAAUCCUCCGAGCCGCCCCCCUCUCUUCAAGCAUUGUUCGAUCACGAUAUGGGGAGCUCUCGACGCAUGAUAAACAAGCAGCAUAGUGCUGACCACGUACAUGUAGCACACCCUAAACAGCACAGUCUGGACAGUACCCACCUCAAAUCAACCACCCCCCAGUCCCCUAAACUGCACACUCGGAGAGUCAAGUCACCCUCUACUAGCGAUAAAAACAAUCGGCUUGAUCUCUCAGAGAGUAUGAUCUCGGGUAAAAUACAACGUACCCCCUCACACCCGCACCUGAAUUCUCCUCUCAGUACCUCCCAUAUCACAAAAGUACUUACAAAUGACUCCCCAAUGGUGCGAGCCCACUCUACACAGCAACUGCAAGAUAUUCAUAACGAAGAUGACUCUAAAUCUAGCCGGAAUAGAUUCGACUCACUCCAAGUUGACUCGAGCUUAAAGAACAGCAAGGAUCGCGAGAUUUACCAGAGCAAAGAGAGCUUGAAAGAUUCGGGGCUACUCAAGAUGCAGUCUCUAACAGUUAGCCAUGAGAGUUUAGUGAGUAACGAAUCAGUGACAGUGAAGGAGAUGACUAAAGAAAGUGUGAUGGAGCGAGUGGCCCCGUCAAAGGUUCAAGACGUGGAGAGUAGCAGUGAGAGUUCACAGGCUCCCUCGCAAGUGUCCCAACCAAAGCAGCCCAUUGAUCUGAAGAGACGAAACAGCUCGCUACUGCAGUACGGAGUGUUUAAGGACUCAGAUGGGGCGGAGUUAAGCGGAAAGAAGAGGCCAAGAUCUAUGAUAGAAACGUCUUCAUACCGAUACGGCCCGUCCUUCUCCUCGGACGCCAUCAAACCGUUCACACCAGACUUAUCAGCCCAACUGUUCUGGACUGCUACUAGCCUCCUUGAGUCUGACUUUGAGGGAGAGUACUUGAUGGCCCAGAGACUACUCUGUCGUGUGCUGGACCAUCUGGAGCUGAGUAUGAACGACACUUACGAGAGGCUAGAGUCUCUGUUGGACAAGAUGAAGUGGAGUACCUUCCCUGGAGUGCAGAAAUUGUUGUUGAAAGGACUUACAUUGGAUUCAACUUCUGAGCCAUCGAGGGAGAUUCUGUCCAGGAUCACACUCCACUCCACACGGUUUGUGUUUGACCCCAGUCAGUACGAUGGCCUUCCUCUGAACGUGAUGUCACUCAUGCCUGUCCUCAUUCACCAUUUUGACCAACCCACAGAAUUCUGUAUCAAAGUGGUGUCAAACAUCCAACAGGCAUGUACAUCUGUGGACCUCCCCUCUGAGGAGAGCAAGACAAAGCUGGUGCACAUGAGCAAAAUGUUUCAGAUGUACGCCACUAGAGACUUUACUAAUGGAGUGGACCUCUGGCUAGCUGGCAUAUGUCGCUACCUCCAUGAUGCUUACCCCCCUCUGGCUGUCAAGAUGCUCUCGUUGCUGGCGGAGCUGCUAGACAAAGGCAGCCCUCUAUACCAUCGACCAGUCCUGAGGUUACUGUUUGAGUACACACGACUACAGGACUCCAACAGCCACGAGAUGAUGAGAAUGGCCGGUACCAUCAUGACAGUGGCCACACAGCACGUCAAGGGUGUUCUGUGGAAGGAAGCGUUGGACCUACUAAAGCUCGCCGUCUCCAACUCUGCAUCUCUUGUCCAACCGCCCACUCGAGGCCUCCCUGUUGACCUGGGUCUAUUCAACCAGACACUACCCGGCCCCACACUUCAGUUCCAGAUGGACUUACAGCAUGGAUCACAUGACCUCGCCCUUGCUGCCAACAGUCACCUGACCACAGCGUCAUGGAAACGACCUCAAAGCUGCCAGAGGCGUACACGAGAACGUAUACUGAGUGUGCUCAAUGCUAGUGGUCCUGUCCCUGUGAUUAUGAGCAGCCCUAGUGUCAUUUUCACCGAUGAGCAAGCGUUGAUAGGAGACAAAGGAACUCUCUACUCGAGUGCCUCGGAUGAGACAGCCAGCUCCAUCGCUGAUGAGAUACUGGACAGCUCCCAGCCAGAAUCACAGGUGUACAUUGCAGCUGUUGGCAAUGAGUUUGACUUCCUCAAUGACUUUGAGUACAAGUACGACCACAGCAGCAAUGACAGUGAGACUCCCCCUGGUCCCUUCACCCGCCCCUCCGAGCCCCUCGAUGUCGAGCUGGAGGAUAAGGAGGAGGACGGCUCUUUACCGGGGUCGCUGAUGGGCAGUCGUCUGUCUCUAGUGGAGAGUGUGGGUGGAGAUGACACAGCAGAGUCAGAUGAUCACGAAUUGGAAGAGUCUAUCAGUCCUCCGCGGUCAUCAUCACCACGAUCUCUUGUGCUGAACCUUUCUCACUCACCAGAUGUAAUCCGAAAGCAUCGAAGACACACCUCUCCCGAGAAGUCACCACUUGUCCUCCGAAAACAACAGCACCGAUACUCGUACAAUCCCCUUUCUGGUGUUGCCGAGUCCGAGUCACAUGACGAUAUGAUACCUGACGCUGAUCGCUCGCGUGAUUCGUCACCGUGCGCGAGACAAGACUCAGAGGAGAAAUCCCCCGAAUCAAAGGAAACCUCCCCCAAAACUAACAGUAAACGGUUAUCCCAGCAUAGAGACAGUCUUGACUCACAAACUGACCAGAAAAAAUCUGACACAGAUAUAAUUCAAAGGGAAAAGGAAGUUCCCCCAGCCUCAUCUGAACCCCUCUCACAGGCAUCAGGUCACAGCAAGACAGGAUCAACCGAUUCUAAACACUCAGAUGGAGUAGGCCACGCACACGCACACGAACAAUCUCCCAACUCAGACACUGACUUCCCCAUACCCCAGUCUGUCAUAUCACCAACUCUCGUAAUGGCCACCAUGCCAACAGACGAAGGAGAAGGAGAUAGUAGGCAAAUAAAUGAUCAGUCCCUAGGGGAAAAUCUCUUCUUUGAGAUGCUCGAUAAGAAAAAUUUCGAUGACUUAUCAGAUAGGUCACUUGAUACAUCACAUGAUACUUCUGACGACCAGCAAGAUCUCACACAUUACUCAGUUGAAGGCAAAUCUCACGAUACAUCAGGUGACCACCAUGAACACAUCCUAUCUCCUAUUGCAGAAGGCGUUUCUGUUCGAAGCUCUAGCGAAAGACAAAGUCCUUCAAGAGAUGUUCUACAAGAUAUGUCUCUUGAUGCCACGUUGACUGAACCUCAUACAGCUGAGGGUGAGGACGAUAAUGAUGGACUGGAGAUCCUGGCUCAGUUAGACGAAGUGUUGGACAGAGAGGACCAGGAGUCUAGCGCCGGAGAGGAUGAUGAUGACAAGGGGUCAAAGUUCAGAGGUGGUGGGUCGGUAGAAGAGCCGGAGUUUAGUGAGGGUGGUGUGGAGAUAGCCGUGUCGGAGGGAGGAGGCAGUGAGGAUACUGAUCUUGGCCAAGAGGUGGGGUCACAUGACCUUUCUGAUGAGCCUGUGAACAAUGAACUGGAACCACCAAGAGAUGAAAAACCAUUACACCAAGACAGUGGAGUGUCAAGAUUCUUUUACUGCUCUGCAGAAGAAAUCGAGGAGGCAUGGCAUAAUCAUGUGACUGCUCUCUGCCGUGACCAAUCUCCGAUGGUAGCAGUACACACUUACUUCCUGUUUGACCGUCUCUUCUCCACACUCCGUCUACAAUUCUCCAAUCUGACCAGAGAAGCAUGCAAUUACAUUGGGAAUGGAUUCAAGUCGAUUGCAUCACAUUUCCUUGUCACUGCCGAAUUUUUAAUGUCCGACUUUAAGAUCCCAAAAGUCUUUAUUGAUUCGGAAAUGAUAAUACAGUCGGAGCUGCUUGAGCCGUUAGUUUCCAUUGUCCUUGAGUUAGAAAACAAUCUCUCUGCUUACGUUGAUAAGAGAAAAAAUGUUCAAGAGGCCUUGACAGUAUUCCAGCAGACUCUCAGACAGACCACAUCCGUCAGUCAGGAGCAGGCUGGUCGCUCGCUCUGUAGAGCUGUACACAUGUUCCACUACCAGCUGCUGGUUCUGUUGGGCUCCUAUGUCAAGCUCAUGGGUAUGCUUCAGCCUCCCCUACAACAGAAAGCUGUUGGAGACACAUGCUCAGAGCUGACCUCCCUUGUACGAGAGAGUGAGGAUGCGAUGCUUACCAUUAGCCGAGGCCCCUCCCCUCCAUUUGAUGAUUUUUCUGAGAGGGAGGUGGGUCAGUUGUCGAGCAUGUCCGAUGCUGUACACAUGCUUGAGGACGUGCUGAAUCGAAAGCAAUAUCUCAAAGCCAUCCAACUACUGCACACGAUACGAAAGAACUGGAGAGACGAGGAAAUGUUUGGUACGGGAGAAGGAGAUGAUGUUCAAUGUCUCUUCUUCAUUUACGCACACUUUAUUACAAACCAACAACAAGGUGUGCUGUUUAUAACGAAUACAGAACAGAAACUGUCUGAUGUUCUCACUAAACUCAUGACCCAGAAUAGUAGUCUGCACUCGUUGCUGGAACAGUCUGAUCAACAGGCCACGGAUGAGUCACAUGAUAAUGCCACACCUCCUACAACCUAUGGACAUUUACAUAUUAGAGGUAGCAGUAGAACUUUACCAGGAGGAUUUGUAGAACACAGUGUAUAGUGAACAAUUUUUGACCACAACAUUUAUUUCAACUUUAUUGUAUAUACAUCUACAAAAGCACAUUAUACAUGUAAAUGUCUUAAGUUUAUUGUGCCACUGAUGUUAAAUUUGAUAAAUCAGUUCUGUGUUUUGUUUGA